UCCCCCACUAUUCAUCUCCAGCCACAAGAAGACUUUUAUCUCCCCAUCCUUCUCACUUCUCACUCAGUACUUCCAUCCUGGACACAGCAACAACAGCCAGGAGCAACCUGUCUAAGCAGCCAUGGCUAAUAAAGGCCCUUCUUAUGGCAUGAGCCGCGAUGUCCUCUCCCGCAUAGAGAAAAAGUAUGAUGACGAAUUGGAGGCACGUCUAGUGCAGUGGAUUAAGCUUCAGGCUGGUUCUGACGUAGGAGAGCCACCAGAGCAAGGAAGAUAUGGAUUCCAGCUAUGGUUGAAGAAUGGAAUUGUUCUUUCAAAACUGAUUAAUAGCCUAUACCCCAAAGGCUCACAGCCUAUUAAGAUCCCUGACCCCCCUCCCAGCAUGGUCUUCAAGCAAAUGGAACAGGUGGCACAGUUCCUUAAGGCAUCUGAGGAUUAUGGAGUUGUGAAAACCGAUGUGUUCCAAACCGUCGACCUGUAUGAAGGUAAAGAUCUGGCUGCUGUGCAGAGGACAGUUUUGGCUAUUGGGAGUAUUGCAGUUACUAAAAAUGAUGGUCUGUACCAAGGAGACCCCUCCUGGUUCAUGAAGAAAGCCCAGGAACACAAACGGGAUUUCUCUGACGACAAGAUGAAACAAGGAAAGCAUGUAAUUGGUUUGCAGAUGGGUAGCAACCAAGGAGCCUCCCAGUCUGGCAUGACAGGCUAUGGCCGUCCUAGACAGAUUAUCAGUUAAAGUUGAAAAGGAGCCAAGAAUUGUUAACCUCUUCACUGCUCUAAGAAUCCCUAAACAAAUCUGCAGCAACGAAAAAGGUUGAGACCAAACCUUGCUCUCCCAGCCAUUCCACUAUUUCCAUGGCAGAGGAAACAGAAGUAUAGCCAUUCCAAUGACAGGUAUCUAUCGACAAGGGAUCCAUCGCAA